AUUCUCUGGAAAACUCCACAGCUCCCCCCAGUGGUAACUCCAGUGAGUCUCCCACCCCGACUCCUCCCUCCUCCCUGCCUCUCCUCUCUGCCAAUCACGAGGUGCAGGAUGUGGAGGUCGAGCUGGUGACCCCCCCUCCGGCCAUCAUGGGGUCGUUGCCCAAAACCGGCAUCAUUCGCCGGACGCUCAAGUAUUCAGAGACCGACCUGGACGCCGUGCCCCUGCGCUGCUACCGGGAGACGGACAUAGACGAGCUGCUGCUGGCCGAGCAGGAAGACGCUGACUCAGCGUUUGGGAGCAACCGCAGCGUGCAGGGCACUCCAGGGACGGGCAGCCCUCUGGGGGGUCUGGCAUAUGGGAGGACAGACGGGGAGGAGGUAGAGGACAAGAGAGGACGGAGGGGGGAAGAGGACGAGGAGGAAGAUGAAGAGGAGGAGGAGGAGGAGGAGGAGGAAGAAAUGGUGAGCUGGGCCAGUGUGAGGAUGCAAGGAGACACCAGGAAGCAGCUGUUUGCGGCUCAGGAGGAUCCAGAUGUGUUCGGACACCUCCUGCAGAGACCAAUGGAAACCUUUUUCGACAACCACCACCCGGCCCUGAAAUCCCCCAUCCUGGUGUCGGGUCCUCGCUGCGCCGCGGAGGACUCCUUCAGCCGCCACUUUGAGAGCAUCAUGGAGUCCCACCGGGCCAAAGGGACGUCCUACAACAGCCUGGACAGCGAGGAGCUGCUGACCUCCAGCACGCAGACCGUCCUGACCUUUGACCUGCCCACUCUGACCCCCGCCAUCCACGGGGGGGUGUGUCACAGCGCCAGGCAGAUCGUCAAGCUCAGCUUCGCCCCGCUGGCGCACGACGAGAGGCCCAGUCUGUCGGACUCUAUCUUCACCGUGACCGGGGACUCGGACGCCACCAGAGCCCCGUCCAGCGAGCGGCUGAGCAGCGGCUCGGACGACACGCCACCUAGAGGACGGGAGUGUGCACAGCUGGGGAGCAGCUGGUACAGCAACACGUCCGUCUCUUUACCCAGCAGGGACAAGGCUCGCCUGGCCACGGACUCGGAGCUGGACCAGGACCUCAGCGAGCGGCUGGGCCUCAGCAGCAGUGACACCCUCACCAACGGCAGCCACCGAGCGGACGUGGCCGCCGCCAGACGCCUCGCCAAGCGCCUCUUCAACCUGGACGGCUUCAGGAAGUCCGACGUAGCUCGCCACCUCAGCAAGAACAACGACUUCAGCCGCAUGGUGGCAGAGGAGUAUCUGAGUUUCUUCAACUUCACAGGCCUCGCUCUCGACCAAUCACUGAGGACGUUCCUCAGACAGUUCGCUCUGAUGGGCGAGACCCAGGAGCGCGAGCGGGUUCUGUCCCACUUCUCCAGGAGAUUCCUGGACUGCAACCCCAACGUGAUGCCCUCAGAGGAUGCAGUUCACACUCUCACCUGCGCCCUGAUGCUGCUCAACACGGAUCUCCACGGUCAACAGAACAUCGGCAAGAGGAUGUCCUGCACACAGUUCGUCGGCAACCUGGAGGGACUGAACGAGGGCCAGGAUUUUCCCAAGGAUCUGCUGAAAGCGCUCUACAACUCAAUCAAGAACCAGAAGCUGCAGUGGACACUGGACGAGGAGGAGCUGAGGAAGUCGUUCUCGGAGCUCGGGGACAGUCUGAGCGAGGCCAACCCCCCCAGGUCCAUGAAGAGGGUCCCCAGCAGCGGGAAGCCCCUGGCCGAGGAGGCCGAGCCCUCAGGGAUGCUGCUGUACAAGAACGGCUUCCUGGUUCGCAAAGUCCACGCCGACUCGGACGGCAAGAGAACUCCGAGGGGGAAACGAGGCUGGAAGACCUUCUACGUCAUCUUGAAAGGUCUCAUCCUCUACCUGCAGAAAGGCGAGUACAGGCCUGACAAGCAGCUGUCGGACGAGGACAUGAAGAACGCCGUGUCCAUCCACCACUCGCUGGCCAUGAAGGCCUCAGACUACAGCAAGAGGCCCAACGUGUUCUACCUGCGCACCGCGGACUGGAGGGUUUACCUCUUCCAAGCACCGAACGCAGAGCACAUGCAGUCCUGGAUCACCCGGAUCAACGCGGUGUCCGCCAUGUUCUCAGCUCCUCCCUUCCCGGCGGCCAUCGGCUCCCAGAAGAAGUUCAGCCGGCCGCUGCUUCCUGGGACGAUGUCCAAACUCACCGAGGAGGAGCAGGUCAAAUCCCUUGAAUCUCGAUUCAGAGCCAUCUCCACGGAGCUGUCUGAGCUCCGCUCCUAUCCUCCCGACCGCAAGGUCAAAGGUCGCGAGCUGGAGGAGCAUCGGCAGAAGGACGAGUAUCUGGAUUUUGAGAAAACACGCUAUGCGACCUAUGUCAUGCUGCUGCGAGCUAAGAUCCGGAGCGGGGAGGAGGACCUGUCGGUGUUCGAGUCCCAGCUGCUGGAGGACAACGGGCUGCAGAGGGCUCACUCCAGCCCCACGCUGCAGGACAGCAGCCAGGCCAGCCAGGCCAGCCAGGCCAGCAGCACCAGGGACGGGGGCAGCAGCAGCAGAGCCAGCGGCUGCAGCAGCAAAGUGCGAGCGGAGGGUCAGAGACACAGCUACCGACAGGCCGUCAAGAAGUGAGACGGGGGGGGGGGGGGCGCCGGGAGCGGCACGGCGUGGCACUGCCAGCGGCAGGCUGUCUCCCUGCAAAGGUUUUAUUUGAGAUCCAGAUGGGUUUGGAGCUCUGCUUGAAGGGGGAGCUGCAGUGAGGGUCUCCCCCCCGCUCUCCCCCGACCAUGACGCCCUACCCGGCACCCCGAUCCUCUCACUGACAGAGGAGGUGCAGAUCCUGUGACUGGCGGAGUGGCUGGCGAACACCAGCGAGGCUGCAGGAGGUGGGAGGACACAGACCUGCGGGGACGAGGUGUCUUUGAGAACCACGCUGGACGCGGUGGCGUCUGUCACGUGCACUGAGACAAAGAGCGUGCACGCAGACUGAACCACAGGGACCGACAUCCAGCUUCCUUUCAAGGCACCUCCCCGACCACCUCCUCCCUCCUUCUUUCUCUCCUUUCACUCAGAUUUGGGACCAAACACGUUUACACAUUUUAAAGCACCACACUCACGAUGACUGAUGGUUUGAUUUCAGCUGAGCAGACAGAGCCUUUACAUUCCAGCUCCUUUCUUUCUGCCACAUCACCGCGGCGUGUGUUCACAUUCCAUACAGGAGACGGAACCGAGUCGGGCCUGUGGACGGUGAGCGACCCGUCAUGAGGAGGUGCUGAGGCUGGAGCUGCAUCACUGAACCAAUGAGAUGCUGCCGCUCCGUGCAGCUGGUCUCCUCUUCUCUCUCGUCCUCCAGUCCGAGACGCCAGCGUCAGUAGAAGUUCACAGGACUCCUGAUGAUCUGCAUCUCAUCAGCAGAGCUCUUUCCUUUGCUUGAACAGGCGAUCUCUUUCUGGCUCUUGCUUCUGUCCCGUGACCUGCGUCUGUUUCUCUUUCUUCUUCUUCUUCUUGGCCGAAUGUUGUUUUUCUCCAGUGAUCCGCAUGCCUGCAUCCAGCACCGCUUCUUUUAGGCCUUUUACCGCGAAGCCGAGAGCGAGCCCAGUUCUCUCUGUUUGAGUCGUCCCCUCUCGCCGGUGCCAACAUGCUAAUCUGUGUCUGUACUUAUAGCCUCUCAUUUAUGAACCCUGUUGAACACUCACCAGGCAGACCCUGAAUGUUCAUGGUUUUCAGUAUUUCUACAGGAUUUUACAGUCGUUUGUCAAUGUUGGACAUGCUCCUCCUGUGUAUGUCAAGUGUGUGAUGACAUAUGAUAUUGAAAAAAAAGGAAAAUAUGUUAUCCAUGCUCUUUGUAAACAUUCAGGAUGUGUUGUAUAUAUAACGCACCCCCUGCUGUACGCUGAUAUCGUAGGAUAUAUUUAAAAUAUAUUCAACACACUUUUGUGAUUAUUAGCCACACACACACACACACACACACACAGCUGACGUCCUGUGCGUCUGAAAGCGCUACAUGAUAAUCACACGUUGUUUUCUCUUGUUUUUUAUUUCUUCGUACAAUUCAGCACAACGUGAGUAUUGUAGUAUGUACCUGUCGGAGGUCAGAGGUCAGAGGGUGUCUACGCCCCGUGACUGGGGGGGGGGGGUGCAUGGUGCGCUGUGACCUGAGAGCAUGACUUUAUGAUCAGGGUCCAUGCUUUUGUAAGCGAUGCAUGAAAAAGGUGACGUGUAUAAAAAAAGAAGAGAAGUGUGAUGGUGAAGCUCCUCAUUCUCUGGGGGGGGGGCAGUGGGACAGACUGGUAACGUUCUGGUUUCGGUGGGACAGACUGGUAACGUUCUGGUUUCGGUAGCCAUUCACACCUCAUAGAGUUAUUAUAUCGAUGUAUCGCCAUUUUCUACUCAGGCUUUUUCUUAAGAUGACACCUUGAGCAGCUGCAGUGCCGGGGUCCCACCAGCAGGGGGAGCUGUCAACAUCCAGUUAGGUUCUUUCAGCCAUAAUCGAAACCUGCUGCACCUGCAGUGGAUAUGCAGUGAGUCGCCCGCUCACCUAUGCACCAGGGGGACAGGGCUAAAUCAGACAGGACCUGUUUGUACUACUAUGGAUGUCAAGUGUGUUAGCGUGUGUGUCUGUCUGUGUCUGUGUGUGAGUGUGUGUGUGUGUGUGUGCUGGACGUUCAGAGGUGCCUGUUUUAGAGGCUGUGGAAUAUUCCGGCCUAAUCAGAGCAUGCAAUGUGUUUCUCUCUCCGUCAGGAUCCUGAAACUAUUGUAAAUCAAUCAAUCAAUCAGAACGUUGAUCUGCAAAUCAUUUUUGACGAUUUCAUUUAUUGAUUUCUUCGGUUUUAAAUCAAUAACAAGGUGAAUAUCCCCGAUCAAGCUUCUUCUCUACGUGCUUCUUUGUCUUGUGUCGUGGGAAAACAGUUCUCGUAUCUGCCAUCAUUUUUUUUCUUCAAUUUUUUAUCUUUAAAAUGCAGAAAUGUCUCAGAGGACAUCCUUAUACUCCUCGUGUAAUCAAAACAAAUUGUCCAGAGCCCUAAAAUAUUCACUUGAAUUUUUGUAAUUUAUUUGUGGUUUUAUUAUUAAUGACCCAUGUGAUUAACCGAUCACCAAAAUAUUUUCUGAUUAACUCAUUGAUCCAUAAUGAAAACGAUCCACAUCAUCUCUUCCUCUGCACUGCUUCAUAUCACGGUUAUCCGACAGCUUAAUAAAACGUUGUGUGCAUUUUGUUGCCACGCUUGAGAUCCUGAACCUUUUCCCGGUUGUGUAACUAAACGUUACAGCUUGGUUUUUAUAAUGAGUCUGUAAAUCUGCUGUUUAUGAUGCAGCCAGACGGGACGAUGAGUCACAGACUGAUUCAGUUACAUUAGAGAAAUACAAAGAAUCCAUCAAGAGAAAAGAAUCUCUCAGAAUUAAUCCUCAAAUUUGGAAUCAUUAUAUUCCAAGUAACUGUCGCCCACUGGAUUAUACAGUGACCCGAGCAUCCCUCAUUGUGAGAACAAUUGAGAACAGCCAACACACAACAUCUACACAAUUUAUUUUUAAUGUCCUUGUUUUUCUCUGAGUCACCUGCAAAUUAAUCUGCAGCUAUUUCAUCAGAUUAAUCAUCAGUGACAACAUCUGCUGCUUGGAGCUUCAAACAUGUGAAGAUUGACACGUGUCAGUCAAAUACAAUCAACCUGGAUUAUGGCGACAAACACUGAGAUUUAAAGAGUUGAUGAUUUACCUGAAAAUCAAGUUUGAUCUUUUCAGGAAACACUUUGAAUUAUUCUUUUCAAUGUGUUUCAGUUUGAACUGGAAUCCAUCAAUCAAACAACUCUUCACGGUGAAGGUCACCUGAUUCCAUCCAUUCACAGUAUAUUUCAGGAUCCACUCAGAACUGGUUUAGCUGCUGUGGCUCCAGAGUGUUUUCCACACAGAAGGUCAGAAGAUAUUCUGAUGCCAAAAAGAAAUGAAUAAAUAAGAGGUGAAGCAAAAAUAGCAAAAAAAAAAACCUUCUGCAGUGUUUGUGACGUCGGUUCAGUUUCUCUUCUUCUCAUCCUGGUUUUGUUUUGGUUGUAAAAAGAAGAUUUUGACGGGUUGAGGAACAAUAACUGUUUUAUAUUUUGCACAAAAAUAUGAGUUUUUAUUGGGAGAUUUUUUUUUGGGGGGGGGGAAUGAAUUGACAAAAUGAAGUACAACUACUGCAACAUCGUACUCCUGCUGUGUGUCACACGUACUCCAGGCCGAGCGCUGUACAAUCCACACAGUCUGGAUUAUGUGGUUUAAAAGGAAGGUGAUUCUUCAGAGCUUCCUCCUUGGCCAAGUCUCCAAGGCCCCUCCCUCCUUCUCUCCUCUCCUCCCUCUGAUCCCUCUGCUCUCCUCUCCUCCCUCCUUCUCUCUUCUCCUCCCUCUGAUCCCUCUCCUCUCCUCUCCUCUCCCUCCUUCUCUCCUUCUCUCCUCUCCUCUCCUCCUUCUCUCCUCUCCUCUCCUCCCUCCUUCUCUCCUGUCCUCCCUCUCCUCUCCUCUACUCUCCCUCCUCCUCUCCUCUCCUCCCUCUCAUCCCUCUCCUCUUCUCUCCUCCCUCUCCUCCCCUCACACUCCUGUCCUCCCUCUCCUCUCCUCUACUCUCCCUCCUCCUCUCCUCUCCUCCCUCUCAUCCCUCUCCUCUUCUCUCCUCCCUCUCCUCCCCUCACACUCCUGUCCUCCCUCCUUCUCUCUAUCUGUUCUCACCCCUCACUUACAUCAGCGAGCGGCUGCAGGAUCACCAUGGCACUGGUUCCUGUGAUGCUGGAGUGAAAGCCCCCCCCCCCCCUGUCGCUCUGCAUCCAGAGCAGCAGAUCACCUCUGUGGGAGCGACUGUCCUCCCGUGCACCAUCACAGCCUCAUAACUGAAUGUGACAUGUAAAUAAAGCAUGAGGUAUUACGACCUGCGUUCAUUUCUAUUAAUGUUCGAGUAUUAAACGAGGGGGGGUGACACGUGUAUAUGGAAGAGCGACAUUUUGAUUUUCAUGUCCGUGAGCUCAUCUUUGAUUUGAGGUUGUUUUUCAUGUGCCUGAAGGAACUGGAUGUAGUUACUGCUGUGUCGUGUUUUAGAGAAUCAGCUCAAAUCUCUUUUCCAUGUAAAGGUCAUUGGUUCUGAUCCAGCUCAGUGGUGAUGAGGCGAUGGUUCGUUUUCUGCUUGAACACGGUGAGCUACACGUGUCGCUGCCUUGCUCAAGGUCACAGAGGAAGGUUUGUUUGUGAGCCUCUCAGCUCGGGAGGAAGAGAAGAUACAAAUAAAAGUGUUUUGGAAGGUU